AUGAUUCGACCCGAUUCCGGCAUUUCAAUCGGCACGCAAAAUUACAGUUCCUUCUUCGAGGCCCGGAUACGCCUGGGAUUUAUCACACAAAAGGCACAAUCUGUACUGCACUCGCCCAUAAUGGACAUUCACCCACGCCAGAAUCUGGAGAACACAAUCGCACUGUUUAGGACCGAGCUUGGUCAGUGGGCGCGAUCGACAUUUCCUGAUGGCACCAUUCUGCAUCAGGCUUUAGUUGCAAAAUCCAGAGAUACAGGGUUUCUUCAGGAUCAUUAUAUACUGGCAUUUUCUUAUUACAGUGCCGAGAUCCUUAUCAGCAGACUGUGCAUAUGUGCCUUCCCAGAUACCAGUACAGAUGUUCCAGACACCACUUGGAUAUAUCGGAAUGGCCCAUGGUGGUGCAUCGUCUACAACAUACUGCAAGCUUGCACCGCGUUUCUGCUGGACAUCUCAAAUCAAGCCAUUUAUUCAAGGACAGGCAGUCUGGAAGAUGAUGCCGCAAGCAAAGCAUACGCAGUCAUGUUGGAUAUGAUGAGUGUAUGCGCACCAAGGAGCGAACAUUUCGCGGAUCUAUUCAAAGACAAACAGAAAGAUCCGCAGAAGCCUUUUAAUACUUCUCCACAGAAUCCCUCGCAAGAUCUUCACGACCCGCCAUCCAUGCCCCGAUAUAGGAGGAUGUCCUCACACAUGGGUAACCCACUCUUCUCCAGACAAUUCGAGCCGCCUGAUACACUACUGUAUCCGGUACAAUGCAAUCAAGUCCAAGAACCGCUAUAUAGCGAUCUUCAACUAUCAGGAACGUUUGCGACAAGUGCUAAUACGUCCCGGAUGUCCGCGAAUUAUCCCCUAUUGAACCAAAUAGGGAGCGGCACGAGUGGGGAUUGGAUUGGCGAUUAUGGACUGGCUUAG